AUACAAUAAAACCGUAUGUCCACCGUGACACAGCAGUAGUGUUCGAUUACAUAUCUUUGUUUUGUAUGUUAAUAUUAUAUAUUAUUUACGCUUCAUGUAUUAUGCUACUUACGAGAUUAACUGCUAAGUACAAAUUGUGUAAUUUAAAAUUUUGAAUAAUUCACUGAAACCUAGCGGACGUAUAGAAGACAAAAAUCGGGAAAAAACGACGAAUAGAAAAUUUAUAGCAAUUUUAAAAUAGACCAUGAUAGAACGAGGUUCAGAUGCAUCGGAUGUAAAGUUAUGUAUGUCACUGAUAGUUGCAUAUUUAAAGAACAUUUAAACCAUAGCAGCCAUGGUCCCUAAACUUCUAUUUUUUCGUACCACUCCGGAUUAUUGUGAAUCCGGUACCGCCGGUCGUGUUUUAGUAUCCAUCGACUUCGCACCAUACCUAGGUAUCAGGGACUGCAAACGGAACGGUUAUCAACAACUGGUCACCACCGUAAAUAGAUUAACCAUAUCGGUUACGUCAUAGUAUUGAUUGUGAUUUGUGUGAUAAAAUGAACCAUAUAGUUUGAAUAAUUUAAUUACUGAUCAAAAUAUUCUUAUGGAUUAUCGAUUAGCCUAGUGACCGUUUUUAUUGUUUGAUUUUACUCGUUGUUUGUUUUUUAUUUCUCACUAAGAUGGUCCAAGAAUAUCAAUCGCCGGUACGCGUCUACAAGUAUCCAUUCGAAAUCGUCAUGGCUGCGUACGAAAGACGAUUUCCUACAUCCCCGUUAAUACCCGUUUUUGUCGGCAGUGAAAUAACAGCUGAUAGCACAAGUGCUGAUGGUUCAGUUAGGACAACUGAAAGGAGAUGUAAACUAGUUGUAGAAGCUCCUUAUUUAUUAAAAAAGAUUAUUGGUGUAGAUUAUAUUUAUUUUAUUCAAAAAAAUAUCCUCGAUUUGAGAGAACGUUGUUUGAAUAUUGAAGCAACAAAUGAGACAUUUUCCACUCGUGUAAAUGUAUUAGAAAAGUGUCGUUAUUAUGUUCAUCCAGAAAACUCAGAGUGGACUUGCUAUGAACAGAGUGCAUUAUUAGAUAUAAAAUAUUUUUUGGGUUUUGAAUCAACUAUGGAAAAACUUGGUAUGAAACAAUAUAUACAGAAUAUAUCCAAGGGCAAAGAAAUAAUAGAAUUCUAUGUUGAUGAAUUAAAAAAAGAAGGAGUAACUAAUCUUCCACGAUGGAUACCUCAUGGAAACGAUCAAAAUUGUGAUUUGAAUAAGACAGAAGAAAGUCAAAAUAACCCUAGCAGUAGUCCAAUUACAGAUUCACAGUCAAAAAUAUGGUUAGAAGAUGAAUAUAUUAAAAGAUAUAUUGGUGAAUUAACACCAUUACAAGAAUCAAAAUUAGUUCAAUUUAAGAAACAAUUGUCUCAAUUACAAAAGUCCAAGCUACCUAGUGAUACAACAUUAUUAAGGUUUUUAAGAGCUACUGAUUUUAAUAUUGAAAAAGCCAGAGAAAACUUAUCUCAAUCCCUCACAUGGCGAAAAAAACAUAAUAUUGACAACAUAUUAUCAGAACAUGAGUUUCCUGAAGCAAUUAAAAAAUAUUUUCCAUGUGGAUGGCAUCAUCAUGACAAAGAAGGACGCCCCUUAUAUAUAUUACGUUUAGGACAAAUGGAUGUUAAAGGUCUACUUAAAUCAGUUGGUGAACAUUGUCUUCUUAAACAAGCUAUGCAUGUAUGUGAAGAAGGCUUAAAGUUGACAAAAGAAGCAACACAUACAUCUGGAAAGCCAAUUACUACUUGGUGUUUAUUGGUUGAUUUAGAAGGGCUAAACAUGAGGCAUUUGUGGAGACCUGGCGUGAGUGCAUUAUUAAGAAUUAUUGAAAUUGUAGAAUCAAACUACCCAGAAACUCUAGGACGAGUUCUUAUAAUUCGUGCACCUCGAGUAUUUCCAGUUUUGUGGACAUUAGUGAGCACAUUUAUCAAUGAAACCACUCGUACAAAGUUCCUAUUUUAUGGAGGCAAUGAUUAUCAAGCUUCUGGGGGUCUUUCUGAAUUUAUUGCUGCAAAUGAUAUGCCAGAUUUUCUAGGAGGCCCUAGUAAAGUUAAAAUUCCUGAAGGUGGUUUUGUGCCAAAAAAUUUAUACCUCAAAGAAGGAGAUUUAGAGAAAGAAGCUUAUACAAUUACAGAAGACAGCAUUUAUCAAUCAGUUACACUUACUAAAGGACAGGCCCAUGAAGAAUUUAUUGAUGUUGAAGAGUCUGGAUCAGUAAUAACAUGGGACUUUGAUGUAAUGAGACAAGAUAUAAAUUUUAAUGUUUUGAGGUUAUUAAUUGAAGUUCAGCCCUCUACACUUCUUAACUGUGCGAGAGGUAAUCUCAAUGUUAUUGAAAAAGGUUGGAAAGAAGGAGAACAUUAUGAAAAGGUGGAACAAACCAUAUUAUGCCAUGAUGGUGAGAGUGUACAAGGUUCUCAUCUUACCACUAAAAGAGGAACAUAUAUUUUACAAUGGUAUUGGUCAUCGGACAGUUUAAAUAUUAGUUCAGGGCAUCAUACUAAAGCUAAAAUUAUGUAUUAUUAUGAAAUGCUGAAAUCUGCUGAUUAUCGAGGUUCAAUGUCAAGUUUAAUGUCAGCCAAUAGUAAAUUUUCUUGUAAUAGAUGAUGAACAUAUAUUGAUUUUAUUUUAUGUGAAAUUUUAAAUGUUUUGGUUUUAAUAAGGAUCAUACUUAGAAGAAAAUGAUUGGUUCAAUAGUACAUUUGAAGCAAAAGUAUGUAGUCUAUUUAAUAAAAUCCCUUAUUUUCCUUAAACUUU